AAAAUUCUCACUGAAUUGACCGAUUCCGAUCAAUAUAGAUGGACAAGGCGGCGCCAUUGGGGCACGUGGUGGAUCACGUGAAGGAGCAGCGGCAGAGGGCGAAGGAGGCGAGCAAAAUCAGCAGCGGCGUGCCGAGCGAGAUCGACGAGUCACGGAUUUUCCCACUUUUACUAUCAUUAGCAAAGUGCGGUCGUGACAUCGUCGAUCAGAUUGAAGACGGAUCGGAGCAGAUCAAGUCGUCGAUCUGUUGCGACGAUCGGCCGGAGCUCUUCGCGGAGAUCGGGAGCGCUCUGAAAGCGCUGGAAGCCACCAUUGUUGAAGCCAACUUCACGAAGCACACACACCAGCACCCUCACAAUCCCUAAUUAAAAUAUGAAAU